GAUUUAUACCGCAGUUGCCAUCACUAGCCAAUACAAAAUCGACACUUUGUUUUCUGCGAAUUAUUUGCUAACAAAAAGCCUGAAAAAUGCCACCACUUAUAUAUUAUUUAUUAUCACUUAUAUCUUCCCAUUAGCAGUAGUUUGAAGUAUUCAUAAACUAUUUAACUCUGCAGUGUUAAUUUUAUGCUUGAGAUGCCAUGCACACAGACUAAUAAGUGCUAAUAAUCCGGCAGCGGCUUGGAGAUGGCAACAUUACCACCAAAUUAGUAAUUUACUGAGAUAAAUCUUCUGAUCAUGAUAUUUUACGACUACAUGCGUUGGGUAAUAAACAACGAAAAGGUCUACAACUGCAGUUAGUUCCGUCAGUGUGCGAGAGUUUGACGCAUUGGUGUAUGUGUAUAGAAAGUUUGAACAUCAGGCGUGGCUAGACAGUGAUGUCUGGCAUUACUCUAACCAAGUUAAAGCCCGGAAGCAUCCCCAAUACAAGCAUCGACAGUAACACGCUCAGUAGUACUCUAGCCCAUCUUAUGGAAGAGCAUUAUCCGCAGUUGGGAGCGGCAACGGGACAAGCACAAGCGACCACAUCUACUGGAGGGUUAAUUUCGGACAGAGCGGAGCAUCUGCGACUCCAGGGCAGUCGCCUUCAGACCUCGCGCUUUGCUUGCUUUCAAUGUUUCGGUAACUUUCUCACUUAUCUGGUAAGGCUAAGAAGUACGCCUGAGGAAUUGGAGCAACGAUACAAGUCGAAAGAGAUUGAUAGAUUUCUGAAGAAGGAGAAGCACACAUUUCGACGACAGGUAAAACUGCUGCUCCUAGGCGCGGGGGAAUCUGGCAAGUCAACUUUCCUCAAACAAAUGCGUAUAAUUCACGGAGUUAAUUUUGAUUAUCAACUGCUACGCGAAUACCAAAAUGUGAUAUACCAAAAUGUUAUAAGAGGAAUGCAAGUACUGCUGGACGCUCGAGAAAAGCUGGAAAUUGCCUGGGGAAGCGACGGCCGAGAACAGGAUGCUAACAAUGCCAAAUUGAUGGAUUGUAAUGCAUUAGAGUCACCCAGGUUUAUAGAAUAUGCGCCGCAAAUUCAACGCCUGUGGCAAGAUCGCGGAAUUAGAAGAGCUUUUGAGAGGAGGCGUGAAUUUCAAAUUAGCGAUUCUGUUAGCUAUUUUCUGGACGAAAUAGAGCGGCUAGCUGCACCGGAUUAUGUACCAACGCAUAAAGACAUAUUACAUUGCCGGAAGGCUACCAAAGGGGUUUAUGAGUUUUGCGUCAAAGUACAGAACAUUCCAUUUGUCUUCGUCGAUGUGGGUGGACAACGGACUCAGCGUCAAAAAUGGACUAGAUGUUUUGACAGUUCCGUAACGUCCAUUAUAUUUCUCGUAUCUAGUUCCGAGUUCGAUCAAGUGCUUGCGGAAGACAGAAAAACAAAUCGUCUGGAAGAAUCAAAGAAUAUAUUCGAUACUAUUGUCAAUAACAACACAUUCAAAGGAAUAUCAAUUAUUUUAUUUUUGAACAAAACAGACUUACUGGAACAGAAAGUUUGUGAUCCUGAGACUGACAUUCGCUGGUACUAUCCACAGUUCAAUGGGAACCCACACUCAAUUUUGGAUGUUCAAAACUUCAUUUUACAAAUGUUUAUGAGCGUUCAUCGCAGUAGCAGCAUAACUAGGAUAUACCAUCAUUUUACCACCGCCAUAGAUACGCGCAAUACUAAUGUAGUGUUUAAUUCUGUAAAGGAUACAAUACUGCAACGUAACUUAAAUGCUCUUAUGCUGCAGUAGAAUUCUCCCGACAGCGCUGACCAUCUUUGUUUCGAAAUGUGUAAUAUAUCAUUUUUAGCAGUGUAUGUAUUCUUAAGAAACCAAGCGUGCCAGAUACUAGGAUCAUGUAAUUUUGUUAACGACCUGGACAUUUGCUGGUACUAUCCGCAUUUCGAUGCCAACGCAAUUCGAUGUCCAAGAUAUUUUAAGUAGAUUCAUUUUUUCCAAUGCAUAAGAUAAGUGCGAUACCAUUUAGUGGGACUAUAAAGUUACAGUGGAAUUCUCCCAUCAAGUCUUACAAAAUUGAAAUAAAUAUAUAUACAGUUAUAUAACACAGGAACCCAAAA